AUGGCUUCUUCUCAGUCAGGUUAUAUCAUCACAGAUACUGGGAAUAAAGUAUCUCGGAAAGCGGAGAUCCUGGGGUUGCGCAACAUUGUGUUGGGCGGGAAGACCAUCAUCAAACCCAACGUCCAGAUUCGCGGGGACCUCGUGCGAGUUAGUGCGAGCGGCGGCGGAGCAAUCAGUGUUGCAAUUGGACGUUAUUGUCUGUUAGAUGAUGGCUGUCUUAUCAAACCGCCGGCAAAACCCUAUAAGGGUCAACUCUCUUACUAUCCUAUCAAAAUUGGUGACCAUGUCCAUAUCGGAGCCAACACGACUAUUGAAGCAGCGCAGAUCGGCUCAAACGUGAUAAUUGGCAAGAACUGCAUCAUCGGCAAAUUCGCCAUCAUCAAAGACUGUGUCCGGAUUGAUGAUAACACGCACAUACCAGCUGGGAUGGUCAUUCCGCCCUUGAGUUUAGUGAGUGCAAGGCGCAAGGGUGGCCCUAAACCUGAGGAUGAAACGGGCAGGUAUGCUGGUGUGAUCCAUGGUAUAGGAGAGGUUGUGGAGGAGCUGCCAGAGGUCACGCAGCUGUUGAUUGAUGCAGAGACGAGGGAUUUCUACACUGCUUGGAAACCGGAACAAUGA